UGCCCACCCCUCAGCACUUCCUGGUUCUCUCAGGUGGACGAUAGAGCGGUGCCAAACGCUCUGUCAAACAAGCCUUAAGUUGCCCAGACACAGCGAGAGGAUGUACCUGGAGGCGUGGAUACCACAGCCCGAAAAAAACAAUUUACUGCGUAAACCCAUUUUUUCAGAAUGAUAAAAAUACACGGUGUUUUUUACGGUAACCGAGCAGCAGCGGGAGAAUCGCAUCUGUGAAGCAGCGCGUUAGCCGCCGCUGUUAGCAGGCUAGCAGGCGGCGACCUGCUACUGUUAGCUUCGACUUGACGUUGUCCAGCUCGGUUCAAGUUUAACUCCAGACCUGAAUUAGAAGAGUCCAACUGAACUGAACGGAAAAACAUGGAAACCAAGGAGAAAGUACAGAUGAGGAAUAACCCCCGCAGGCAGCUGAAGAAGCUGAGCGAGGACAGCCUCACCAAGCAGCCAGAGGAAGUCCUUGAUGUCCUAGAGAAGCUGGGUGAAGGGUCUUAUGGUUGUGUCUUUAAGGCCAAUCACAAAGAAACCGGGGAGAUUGUUGCUAUCAAACAAGUUCCUGUGGAGUCUGAUCUGCAGGAGAUCAUCAAAGAAAUCUCCAUCAUGCAGCAAUGCAACAGUCCCCAUGUAGUGCGCUACUAUGGCAGCUAUUUCAAAAACAGUGACCUGUGGAUAGUCAUGGAGUAUUGUGGUGGAGGAUCAGUAUUGGAUAUCAUCCGAUUACGUAACAAGACGCUCUCAGAAGAUGAGAUUGCCACUGUCCUUCACUCAACACUGAAGGGUCUGGAGUAUCUUCACUUCAUGAGGAAAAUCCACAGAGAUAUCAAAGCUGGAAACAUUCUGCUGAACACAGAAGGUCAAGCCAAACUGGCUGACUUUGGAGUUGCUGGACAGCUUACAGACACCAUGGCAAAGCGAAACACAGUCAUCGGCACACCGUUCUGGAUGGCUCCGGAGGUCAUUCAGGAGAUAGGCUACAACUGUGGGGCUGACAUCUGGUCCUUGGGAAUUACAGCCAUAGAGAUGGCUGAGGGCAAACCGCCCUAUGCUGACAUACAUCCAAUGAGGGCAAUCUUCAUGAUUCCAACCAAUCCUCCCCCAAUGUUUCGCAACCCAGAUCAUUGGUCACCAGAUUUUCUAGACUUUGUCAAAAAAUGUUUGGUGAAAAACCCUGAAAAUAGGGCAACAGCUACACAGCUGUUACAGCAUCCUUUUAUCAAAUCAGCCAAACCCAAUUCCAUCCUGAGAGCCUUAAUCCAAGAUGCAAUGGAGAUCAAACUAAAGAGGCAAGAGGAGGCAGAGCAGAGAGAACAAGACGCUGAAGACGAAAACAAUUCGGAUGAAGACGAGGUUGAUCAGGGGACAAUGGUUCGGGCUGGAACCGGUGAUUCUGGAACUGUUCGGGCUGCUGGCUCAUUGGCAAGUUCACUAAGUGGUACCAUGAUCGAGCACGAGGACACGGGAACCAUGCAGUCACAGCUUGGCACCAUGGUCAUCAACUCAGAUGAUGAGGAUGAGGAAGAGGCUGGUACUAUGAAAAGGAGAGACGAGACGAUGCAGCCGGCCAAGCCGUCCUUCCUGGAGUACUUUGAGCAGAAAGAAAAGGAAGUAAACAAUCACAAUGAUGGUGGACGCCGCGGAGAAAACAACGCAGACAACCGCAAACUCCCAGCUGAAGGAGAUCUUGAAGUUGUCAGUACAUGGUCGGUGGAGGAGCUGCGGAUGAAACUCGCCUCCCUGGAUCCUCAGAUGGAGCAGGAGAUAGAGGAGAUCCGCCAGCGUUACCAGGCUAAGCGGCAGCCCAUCCUAGAUGCAAUCGCAGCAAAAAAGCGACUUCAGCAGAACUUCUGAGAAGGCCCUGCAGACGUCUUUACACCUCCUCUGCGUCUGUAACAAAUGUCUCAUCCUGGUUGCUGGACAAGAUUUAAUGUAGCUGGAUGUGACAUCUGGAAACUCAUGGAAGAAAUUAAACGUGGACGGCGCACCUUGAUGUCAAAGACCUUCCCUGUUCUACAGAAUGCUGGUUUGAUUGGAGGGAAUCUGCUUUCUUUAAGAGCUCAUUCAGAAAUGAGCAAAGAAAAAGUUUUCUAUCUGAACUGGAUUUGCAGGUUUCUUCAUCUGCCUUCAACAUUGCAUGCUUUUUUUUUUUUUUUUGAAAGGACCGUGACUGCGCUCAAACCAUCAACAACCUUUAAGUUUUUGGUUUGUCAGCAGGUGCUCUUAUUGAGGGCUUCCUCUAUGCUGGAAAAUGGCUGCUGCUACAUGUGAGUGUUUCUACUCCUGUCUGGAAAAACAAGAAAUAGAUCAAAUAACUUUCCUCUUUAAUAAUGAAAAAGAAGCACAAAAAGCAGAACACAGAGAUUUAAUGAGUUAAGACCAGCACAUGACUGCCUUCCCUAUGACACAGGUUGAUCAGUUUACAUGUCAAAGUUUAAUAUGGAUCUAAACCAGCUUGAGGCCUUUAGAAACUGCUGUAACAAAUUCAGAGCCCAGAAGAAGGUUUAAAGGUUUCUCUUUUAUUCCUCAGUGAAGUGUUUGAAUUUUUCUCCCUCAGUUUCCUUAAACCGGUACGUUAGUAAUUUUACUCUCAGCCCUGGAUGUAAAUGUUAAAUUAUCUUAAACAGGAAAGGCUGAUUUCCUUUUUCCUAAGAGAGAUAGCGGCAACAAUAUUAUAAAGGAAUCCGUAGGAUUUUCAGGCUUCUUUGCUGUUUUUUUCUCACAGAUAUGUAUUGUGUUUGGUGAUGAUGAUGUUGCCUUCUUUCUUUUUUUCACCAGAGCAGCUGGUGCAGGUCCAUCUGAGACUUCAAGCUGCAGAAUUUUAGGUUAAUGUGCAACCUGAUCAUUGGGGUUGCACGUUUUCUAUCACAUGCUAAAUGUCUGCAUCCCUCUGGGGUUCAUAGCACUUUGGUCAAGUUGAUGUUCUGGAUAUCUGUGCAACUAUGGCAGAGCUGUUUGUUUGUCCACUGUUGCCUUUCGUAGACAUUCCUUCUCUGAAUCUAAAAAGAUCAGAAGAUCAUUAAAGUUAACACAAAAACACAAAACUACAUUAAAAAUUAUAUCAGUAUUUUGAACAGUAUUAAGUUUAGAACGCUGAAAAAACAAAACAAAUGGAGCAUUUUUAAAAGUUAACGCAAAUGAGCAAUUAUUACUUAACAAAUCCAAAUUAUAAUUUAAUAUAUAAUUUUUCUGUAAUUGAAUUUUGAUCUUCUACAACCUGUUUUAGAGCCUUGCAAGCUUUCUUCACAUUUAUGAUUGAGGCGUAAGAAAUUAUUAACUCAGCUUUAUGCCUCACAUUUAUAAUUUAAAGGGAUUCAAUCAGAGUGGAGACAUUUUUGUUGCUUAUUUCCUUUUAGGUCAUCAUUAAAGACUCCUGGAAAAAAUAAAGAGUUUAGGCUGUACUUACCUCAAGGUUCAGGCGUGGAUGUAAUAUUUGAGAACAAUUCAAAGUUUGUGAUUUUUAUGUUUCGCAUACAAACCGUUUUGAGGGAGUAUUUUGAUCAUGUUUUUGCCUUGUUUUAACCACCAGUGUCCUUAAUAUUUUUUUGCUUCAUUUAUUCAGUCCAUUAAUGUAUUGUAAUUUCCAACUACACAUGAAACGGUAAUUAGAUUGACAAAUUAACCAAACAAAUUAAAAUAAGGUUUUUUUUUCUACUUUUAACAGCUUCCAAAAGGCCUCUUUCUAGAAAAAAUUCAGCUUUACUUGUGACAUUCCUAAGCUUUUCCAGCAUUUCAGACAUAUCUACUUUUCAUCUAGCUCAAAGAAAGUGAAUAGAAAUAAAAUAAGGGACGAGUAUAUUUUUGUUACAUAGGUUUAGAGCUGACACGGUCAGAAAGGUGGAAGCCUUUAGUUACUGUGAGUAAAACAAGCUUCUCAGGUCAUCAAACUCCUCAGGGGUGUAAAUAAUGACAAUGAGAACCUGCUGUAGAUGUUUAGAGACGUUCCACACAGACUGAAUGAGAAGCAUUCAGCUGUGUGAGUGCUAGCAUUUCAGCUUUGCUGUUAGUUAAAUGAGGGAAUCCCUUCAGCUGAAUGCUGUAAUUAACUGAGCUUCUUCUUUGGAUGCCAUCAUUUUCUGUAAUAAGACAAUUUUUUUUGUGUUGCAAGCUAAAGGGAUUCUUAUUUCAUCCUGUGGUUUUACACUGAAUGCACUGCUUCCUUUUUCUGAUCAUCAUUCAAUUUUUUUGUGACUGUACAGGAAAAAGGACAAAUCCUGAAAAUAAUCUCAUUAGUAUUACUGAAUUAGAUGAAAAACCUGUUGAGUUCUGCUCAAACGCUUACAAAAAAAAGUCUAAAUCACUGGAGAAAACCGACACAAGGCUAACGUUGCUGAAGUGAAAUACGUAGAAGCUAAUGUUCCUUUGUUUUAUUGUUUGAAACUUUAAAAACGGCAAACAACAAAGUCAUCAGAUUUUCCUGAGCCAGAAUCUGCUGCUCCACUGUUCUAAUUGUUUUUAAAAGGUUUACAGUAACGGUAAACCUUUAAUGUGUGGAAAAGGAAAAUGUGUUUUAUUAAGUGCUGAUUAUGGGUAGUUUGAUUUCUGUUAUUUAAAUUAUUUACAUACUUUAGGUUUAAAAUUGAAAUCGAUAUAAUUUACAAAGUGUAAAUCCUACUAAAAUUUCUUUCUCCAGUCUUACCACUGUUCAGAUUUUCUUUAUACCUAUUUAAUAUCAUUGAAAUAAAGACUAAAUUGUGGAUAGAUGUACGAUUUAUUAAGACAUAGACCUCUAAAAGCAUUAUAUUUUAGCAGUGCUCCUGGCAUCUAUUAUAAGACAGAUUUAACAUGGAUACAUCAAAGUGUUUUGGAAGUCAUUGCCUUUUGGGUUCUAAGUACAAGACUGUUUGUCUGCAUGCGAGUUUACUCGUCACUCUCCAAGGUGCAUGUGCCUUAACACACAGCAUGCAGUACAAGUCAAGAAUAUGUUGCGAUCAGUGGUAUUUGGUUUGUGUUUUUUUGUUUGCUUCUUUAAUAAAGAGAAUAAACUAAA